AUGCCAGGCAUGAUGAUGGAUCUGAGAUUGCUUUUCUCGCUCGCAUGGAUUCUUACCUUCAAAGCUGCUAAUAUUCAAGGUUUGAAUGCCGACGAGGACCAUUCCCAAGAUUUGGAAUGCAAAAUGAAAAGCGUCACCGUGUCUGCGCUGCCGUUUUUGAGAGAAAACGACCUGAGCAUCAUGCAUAGUCCGUCGGCCUCCGAGCCCAAGCUUCUGUUCUCCGUCAGAAAUGAUUUUCCGGGGGAAAUAGUCGUCGUGGACGAUCUAGAAAACACCGAGCUCCCCUUUUUCGUCCUAGAGAUCACAGGAAACUCUGAGGACAUUCCUCUGGUGCGAUGGCGGCAGCAGUGGAUGGAGAACGGCACGCUGCUCUUUCACAUCCACCACCAAGAUGGCAGCCAGAACCUCCCCGGCCUGUCCGCCACAGACUACCCUGCCAGCGACUCUGCCGAGGAAGAGUUACGCAUCCUUCACAUCUCUGUCAUGGGAGGCAUGAUCGCCUUGCUGCUGUCCAUUUUGUGCCUGGUCCUCAUCCUCUACACGCGCAGGCGAUGGUGCAAACGCCGCCGUGUGCCCCAGCCCCAGAAGAGCGCCAGCGCCGAGGCAGCCAAUGAGAUUCACUACAUCCCUUCGGUGCUGAUGGGAGGCCAGGCCAGGGAGAGCCUGAGAAACUCCAGGGGCCAGGGUCACAAUUCCAGUGGCACGCUCAGCAUCCGAGAGACGCCCAUCCUGGAUGGAUACGAGUAUGACAUCACUGACCUGAGACACCACCUGCAGAGAGAGUGCAUGAACGGAGGAGAGGACUUUGCCAGCCAGGUUACACGCACCCUGGACUCCCUUCAGGGCUGCAAUGACAAGGCCAGCAUGGACCUCACACCUGGGGAUGACAAUACAAAGUUGUCCCUAAUGAACAAAUACAAGGACAAUAUCAUAGCCACCAGCCCCAUUGACAGCAAUCACCUGCAGCAGAACACUCUCCUCCCCCACAACACCUCCACCAGUCAACGCAAACAACGUCUGUCCAGCAAAACCCGAGCGGGUUCAACCUUCUUAAACCCGGACGGGGACUCAGGCACGGAGGCCGACAGCGAACCUCAGCUGACCUUUUACACUGACCCCAAUCGCAGCAGGCGCCGCAGCCGAGCAGGUUCCCCACGAAGCCCCAUCAAUAAGACCACCCUGACUUUGAUCAGCGUUGUCAGCUGUGUGAUCGGCCUGGUGUACUCCUCACACCUCUCCUGUGGCCUCAACGUCCGGGUCGUCCUCCAUGUGCCCGAGCACCUCAUCGCAGACGGGUCCAAGUUCAUUUUGCUGCAGGGCAGUCAACUGGAUGCGUCUGACUGGCUGAACCCGGCCCGGGUGUUGCUAUACUACCAGCAGAAUGCCAGCGGGCCUUGGAUCAAUGAGCUGUGUGGCCGUCGCAUUCUGGACCCCUGUGAACACCAGUGUGAUCCAGAGACAGGUGACUGUCUAUGCUUAGAUGGCUACAUGAAGGACCCUGUCCAUAAGCAUCUCUGUAUUCGUAACGAGUGGGGUCCAAAUCAAGGACCUUGGCCGUACACUAUUUUCCAGCGUGGUUUUGAUCUGGUGAUGGGAGAACAACCAUCUGAUCGCAUUUUCAGGUUCACAUACACAUUGGGGGAAGGGAUGUGGUUACCAUUGAGUAAAAGCUUUGUCAUUCCACCUGCUGAGCUGGCAAUCAACCCAUCAGCCAAGUGCAAGACUGAUAUGACUGUCAUGGAAGAUGCUGUGGAUGUGAGAGAAGAGCUGAUGAUCUCCUCAUCGUUUGACAGUCUGGAGGUUUUACUGGACUCGUUUGGCCCGGUGCGUGACUGCUCAAAGGACAACGGUGGUUGUAGCCGAAACUUCCGCUGCAUCUCUGACCGCAAGCUUGAUUCCAGUGGAUGUGUGUGCCCUCCGGGACUGAGCCCUAUGAAGGAUGGCACAGGCUGCUACGACCACCACAUUGGCAUCGACUGCUCUGAUGGCUUCAACGGAGGUUGUGAACAACUGUGCCUCCAGCAGCUCGCCCCCCUGGAGGACGACCCCACCCUCUACAACAUACAGAUGUUCUGCGGCUGUAUUGAGGAUUACAAGAGAGGUCAAGAUGGUCGUUCCUGCCAGCCCUUGUCUGAAGCCUGUACUGAGGGACUGGACUGUGGGGAAACAGCUGACGUCCCAGCCAACCAAACCGUUUUUGGGGACCUCUUCUAUGGCUACAACAACCAUACCAAGGAAAUCAUCUCUGGUCAGAUCCUCAAAGCUACCUUCAGGCAGAAGAACUUUGCCCGAGGCAUCGAGCAGCAGCUCCCAGAUGGCAUGGUGGUGGCAUCAGUGCCAACCGACGUGCAGUGCCACGAAGAGCUGUCAGACCCAGUCCCUGAUCCAGACUAUCUCACAGGAAUGGUGAACUACAGUGAGGUCUCUGGGUACCCACUCAUCCAGCAUUGGAAGCUGAGGUCUGUCCUGUACCAUGUCAAACUGAACCAGUGGGUUCUCUCUCAAGCUUUCAGCUCUGCCAUCCACUCCCUCGAUGGUGCCACCCUCCGCCAUGAUUUUGUCUCCAUCCUCAGGGAGUUUGGUAAUCACUUUGUACAAGAGGCUGUGUAUGGCUUCGAGGAGGCCUGCACUAUCUGGUACCCCAACAAGCAGGUCCAGAGACAGCUGUGGCUGGAGUACCAGGACAUCAGCAAAGGGAAUUCCCCAUCAGAAGAGUCAGAGGAGCGUGACAAGGAGCCCCGAACCCUGACCUACCCAGCGUACAUCGCCAGCCUGCUGGACUCUGGUGCCAAGCGCAUGGCGGCGGGGGUUCGCAUGGACUGCAGCAGCCAGGGCCAGUGCCCGUACUCCUGCCACCUCUGCCACAUGAGCCCUGGGCCUGGGCGUCCAGCCGAGCCUGUCCUGCUCCAGAUCACUAAGGCCGCCCCGCUCUACGAGCUGGUCUCCAACAACCACACCUACCAGGCACUGCAGGAGGCCAUGAUGAGCAUGCUGUGGUGUUCUGGGAAAGGUGAUGUAAUCGAUGACUGGUGCCGUUGUGACUCAAGUGCAUUCGGGACAGAUGGACUGCCAACAUGUGCCCCUCUCCCUCAGCCUAGGCUCAGGUUGUCCCACUCCUAUGAGCCCAGCAGUUCAUUGGUCAUCGUGGAAUGGAAUCACACUGAGCCACCAAUCGGGGUGCGGAUCGUGGAUUACCUCAUUAGCCAGGAGAAAGUGACAGAGAGGACAGACCACUCCAAAAUGGAGACAGAGACAAUGUUGAGCUUUGUGGAUGAUAUCCUGUCUGGGGCCAAGUCUCCAUGUGUGAUGCUUGGGGAUAUCCCUGACCUCCUGACCUCCUCCGUCAGCAUGAUCAUUCGCUGCCUGGAGCCAGACACCACUUACAUGUUUAGGCUCUGGGCAGUGGACAACACAGGCCGUCGCUCCAGCCCAAGUGAGGUCACCAUCAAGACCCCCUGCCCUGCUGUGGAUGAUGUCAAAGCACAAGAGAUUGCAGACAAGAUCUACAACCUGUUCAAUGGUUACACAAGUGGCAAGGAGCAGCAGACGGCCUACAAUACGCUGAUGGAUCUGGGCUCUCCCACCCUGCACCGUGUGCUCUACCACUACAACCAGCGUUAUGAGAGCUUCGGAGAGUUCACCUGGAGAUGCGAGGAUGAACUGGGGCCCAGGAAAGCUGGUCUGAUUCUCUCCCAGCUGGAUGACCUGAGUGGAUGGUGCAGGGGUCUUCUCCAGGAGCCCAAGAUCGGCCUGCGCAGGAUGUCCCUCAAGUAUCUGUCCUGCCGCUACACAGACACCAAGGCCUUUGGUCUCAACUGGGUAGACCUGGGACAGGAUGUGCGAAAGGCCUGCGAUGAACAGAACCUGCCAGUCAUGUACAAUGAUUAUGGGGAGCCCAAAGAACGUUGA